AUGUCGCGCAAUUCCAUAGCGAGCAAUGAAAGCUCAACAUUUUUGAGUAGAAUGUCUUCUGCAAAAUCGUUGCCCGUUUUCAAGGGUGAUCCACUCGAAUGGUUGCGAUUCAAAAAUGCUUUUGAGACUUCAACUGCGACGGGAAAUUAUAACGAAGAAGACAAUGUUCUUCGUAUCGCGGAUGCCUUAAAAGAUAAAGCUUUUGAAGCAGUAAAAUCUCUGUUUAUGUCCUGCAAAGAUACGAAAUUGAUAAUGCAAACAUUAGAAAUGCGAUUCGGGAAUUCGAAGUUGAUUCUUGAUAAAUUGUGUGAUGACAUUCGAAAAUUACCAAACUUGAACGUAGAUGAGUCGCGAAUGAUUGAGUUUGCGACCAUUUUGAGAAACACCAUUUCGGCAAUAAAAGGGUUGAAUGGUUGGCAAGGUUACUUGCAAAAUCCUGAAAUUAUUGACAACAUAAUUAGAAAAUUGCCCGAUUCAAUUGUAACAAUUUACGCGCAUCUUGAUUCAACAAACUGUGAAAACAAAACUGAUUUGGAAAAAUUGUCUGAUUUUAUUUUCGAAGAGACAAAUAAGAGAAUCAAAAAGAAUUUAAUUAUUUUGAAAACGGCAUCUGCUCAAAACAAACGCCCGCAUAACAACGAUCGGGACAAUUCGAGAAAUAUUUUGUUGAUCGAUACUAAUAAUAAAACUAAUGAAAACGAUGAUGAUCAACAACCGCAAGCAAAGAAACGAAAAACUGAGAAAUCAUGUCUUCUUUGUAAUCGUAGAAAUCAUUUGAUUAAGGAUUGUCGCGAUUUUGCGAAAGAAAAAUUGAAUGUGCGUUGGAAAUUUGCUAGGAGCGAACGUUUGUGUUUCGUAUGUCUUGAAAAGGGUCAUUCGCGUGAAAAUUGUCAAUCCAAAAUCACUUGUGCUCGUUGUAAACGAAAUCAUCACACCUUAUUACAUUUCACUCCAAAAGAUGAACUUUCAAAGUCCGUUGAAGCUCAAAAGACUGCUCAAAUUGAUAAUGCUUCUGUAAUAAAACGUUUAUCAGCUCCUAAAUUCAAAACGAAUAUUUAUAUCAAAGGUAUAGCAGGUGAAAAAGCAGUUUUAAAGUCAAAUUAUAAAACAAAUUUGCAUGUCAAAAUUGAAUCAGAUCUUUUCGCAGUAAAUAAUUUAUUAGUUGUCAAUGAGAUUCCACUGUCGAGACAAGUUAUUGUUAAAGAAUUAGCUGAUUUUUGCAAACAGCGAACUGACGUUUACGUGGAGCCAUUCAAUGAAAUUCCUCUCAUGUUAAUCGGUCAAGACAAUUGUCGUCUUAUUCUUACACGAGAAGUUCGCACGAUUAUGAAAGACGAUUUAGUUGUUUCGCGCUGUUUAUUAGGCUGGUCCAUCCACGGUCAUUUUAACUCUUCUAUCAAAACAUUAUCAAUAAAUUUGUGUAACACAGGGGUUGUGAAAAGACCGUCGAAACCACAUAAUGACAAAGAGCUUAAUGAAUUAGUAUUUAAUUAUUUCAAUCUCGAUGCUAUCGGAAUUAUUCAGUUUAAAUGUGUUGAUCCGGGUAUUGCUCGUGCAAUUAAAAUUCUAGAUUCAACUAGCAAUUACGUGAACGAUUCAUGGGAAGUAGGUUUACUUUGGAAAUCCGAAAAACGUAAUUUCCCAGACGGAAAAGCUCAAGCAUUGUCUCGAUUAUUAUCUCUUGAAAGAAAGUUAGAUCGCGAUAAAGAAUAUGCUGGUUUAUAUUAUAAAGAAAUGGAAAGAUUGUUUGAGUGUGGGUUUGCUGAAAAGGUCAUUGAAGAAUCGAGUGACAAUCGAAUUUAUUAUUUGCCUCAUUUCGGAGUUCGCAAUGUAAAUAAGCCCGGUAGAGUUCGUUUAGUUUUCGAUGCGGCUUCGAAAUCCGAAUCUGUCAGUUUCAAUGACCUUUUAUUACCUGGCCCGGACUAUUUAAAAUCUUUACCAGGAAUUUUAAUGCGGUUUCGUCAAUACAAAAUUGCAGUCAAAUCGGACAUAAAAGACAUGUUUAUGAAAAUCAAAAUUAUUGAUUCGGAUCGCGACGCGCAGAGAUUUUUAUGGAGAGGUUCGGAUCGUACAAAUGAGCCGACAAUUUGUAGAAUGCGAGUAUUAUUAUUCGGAGCCAAAUCGUCACCUAGCACAGCUUUGUAUAUUAAAAAUAAGAAUGCGAUGACUUUUCAAUCUCAAUUUCCUAUAGCUUCACAAAAAUUAAUUGAAAAUUGUUACAUGGACGAUUAUUUAGAUAGCUUUGAGUCUAGUCAAGAAGCGAAUGACAUAGUAAAACAAGUGAUCAAAAUCAAUGAAAAGUCAGACUUUAAAAUGCACAGUUGGUCAAGUAAUUGUCGUUUGGCUCUUGUUGAUAUUCAUUCGUCAGCUCAAUCAAAAGAGAUUAUAAAUAGUUUAAACCUGGAUGAGAGUGUAGAAAAGGUGUUAGGUUUGAAAUGGCUUAAUAGCUCAGACUGUUUAACCUUUAAUUUUAACAGCAAGAAAAUUUCACCUGAAAUUUUGCAAGGAGUUCAAAGUCCGACUAAGAGACAGUUUCUAGGUAUCAUUAUGUCUAUUUAUGACCCUUUAGGAUUUUUGUUACCUUUUUUGAUUCAAUCAAGAUUUUUAAUGCAGAAAAUAUGGAAAAGUAAAAUACAUUGGGACGAUUUGAUUUCGAAUGACGAAUUUAUCGUGUGGAAAAAAUGGCUUCUCGAGUUAAAAAAUAUUGAGUCAGUUAAAAUUAAUCGUUGUUAUCAGUUGCGAGACUUUCAAAAAAAAGAUGCCGAGCUACACGUAUUUUGCGAUGCAAGCUCAAAUGCUUGCGCAGCUGUCUGUUACUGGCGCUUUCAUAUAGGCGAGGAAAGGUUUCACGUAGCUUUUGUGAUGGCGAAAAGUCGUGCUAUAGCUCUUAGCGACAAAAGUACGAUUCCUAGAUUAGAAUUACAAGCCGCCCUGAUCGGAGUGAGAUUAGCUGAAUUUGUCGUACGCGAACAUGAUUUUUUUGUUAAAAAGCGAUACUUUUGGUCAGAUUCUACAACUGUUUUGAGUUGGAUUCGAAAGAAUCCAUUAGAAUUCAAAAGUUUUGUCGCGAAUCGUGUUGGUGAAAUUCGUAAGAAAACAAAUCCGGAUGAGUGGCAUUGGGUAAGCUCAAGUCAAAAUGCAGCUGACGACGGUACGCGUUUUAGGCCGGAGGCUUUGCAAAAUAAAAGCCGCUGGUUAUCAGGUCCACCCUUUCUAUUUGAUUCGGAAAUUGACUUAAACAAUAAAUUAGAUUUGAGUAUCACCGAAAAGACAGUCGAGACGGAAAAAGAAUUUAUUACUAGAGAAGAAUUUAUUUUAUUGACUAAUCAUUUCUCUCCAUUAAUUGAUUUUAAUCGAUUCUCGACGUUUUUACGUUUGACGCUCACUUUAGCAAAAGCUCUUGAGAUUCUUGAUAUUUGGAUGAAAAGAAAUAUAAACUUAUUCGAAACUCGGACUGAACGUUUUGAAAGAGCAAAGACAUUAGUGUUGAUUCAAAGUCAAGUUAUUUCCUUUCAGGCUGAAAUUGCCUCGUUAAAAUAUUCGGGUACGGUUCGUAAAAAUAGUAAAAUUACAAAUUUAUCUCCUUACGUCGAUGAAAAUGGUUUACUGCGAUCGGACAGUAGAAUCCAAAAUAAAAUCAAUCAGGAGUUUCGAAAAGAUCCGAUAAUACUCGAUGGCGAUGAAAGACUUUCGAGAUUAAUCAUUCAACAUUAUCACGAAGAAUUUUUUCACAUGCAUCACGAAGCGGUUAUCAAUGAAAUUCGUCAGCUGUAUUUCAUUAUUGGUUUACGUCGCGUUUUUAGAAGUAUCGUUGCGCAUUGUCCGACGUGUCGACAAUUAAGAGCAAAACCAUAUCAACCACGAAUGUGUGCUCUACCCGAUGCUAGGCUGGCUUAUCGAAUGAGGCCUUUCAGUCAUUGCGGUCUCGAUUACUUUGGACCUAUUUGGGUAAAAAUAGGACGAAGAAAAGAGAAACGGUGGGGAGCGAUAUUUACCUGCAUGACGGUUCGGGCAAUACACAUCGAAUUGGUCGAUAAUUUGAGCGCGGAUUCUGCGAUCAUGGCUUUACGUAGAUUUUCGGCAUUGAGAGGUUUCCCGGUGUAUAUUUAUUCUGAUAAUGGAACAUGUUUCGUUGGAGCUAAUAGAGAAUUGUUAGAGGCGAUCGAAUCAAUUGACUAUGCAAAAUUGUUUCAAUUUACGUCAAAAAAUAAUAUAGUUUGGAAGUUUAAUCCACCUACAGCCUCCAACAUGGGAGGGGCGUGGGAGAGACUUAUCAGGUCGGUGAAGUGUGCGUUAGCGGCUACUAUUAGACAUAGGCAUCCAAAAGAAGAAACCUUACGUACCAUUUUAGCGGAAAUUGAACAUAGUGUAAAUUCUAGGCCAUUAACGCACGUUUCAGCCGACCCUCAUGAUUUGGAAGCUCUCACCCCAAAUCAUUUCCUGAUUGGAUCCUCUUCAGGACAAUUAUGUUUACCACGAUAUACUUAUAAAAAUUUAGACUUAAAGAAAGAAUGGAAAAAAGCUCAAAUGUACGCGGAUGAAUUCUGGAAUCGAUGGUUACGCGAAUAUCUUCCAACAUUACAUUCUAGAAAGAAAUGGCAAAAGGACCAACCUCAAUUAAAAAUAAACGAUUUAGUUAUAAUUACCGAUGAAAAUGUACCAAGAAACUGUUGGAAAAAGGGAAUUGUAAUUCGUGUUUUACCAGGCGCCGAUAAUAGAGUAAGAGUUGUUGAACUAAGAACGGAAAACGGAGUGUUAACAAGACCUAGUAAUAAAUUAGUUAAGUACGCAUGA